AUGGGUCUCUUGACAAUCCUGAAGAAGUUAAAGCAGAAGGAAAGGGAAAUCCGCGUUCUCAUUCUGUAAGUAAAUUUUCCCGCUUGCACUAAAUAGUCGUUCAUGUUCACUGACCGCUGUUAAUUCCUGUUCCUAUUCAGUAAGUAGACUCAGCAAUUCCACAAUCGCAAACCAGUGUAUCAUUCAUGUGCAAGGUUAACUUGAUUAAAAUGCGCUCUAUAAGACCCAGUAAUAUUUUGUUCCUAUAACGGAGAGUCAAGCUAUUUGGUGGAAGAGGAGAGGGUUGGUAAUAUAUCUGAGCGACGUGGUGUCGCAUGUUAGGUGCGACCUGGCCAGUUAUCCGUCAUGGUUCACAGUCUAUUGGGCUAUUGUGCCAACUAAUGGGUCACAUUGCCUGUCUCGGUCAAGGAAGCUUGAAACGUUUUACGAAUGCCCUUUGAGAGGAGAAGACAGGGUUGCUUAAGGGGAUAGUGGCCGCGUCCACUUACAUGGGUGCCUUGGUCGGUUCAGUCGAACCCUGUGCACGGAAUGAAGGGCGUCUUCAACACUCAUUUGGAAAUCAGUGUCCGUUAAAUGAACCAAGACUGCGUUAGUGUGAUGGACCUGGUUAUGUCCUGACCAAACAGCGGUAGCAGUGCUCGCGUAUCUGCUUGGAAAUGCUCCUUGUCAUAUGACUUAUGUAAUUUAUCGAUCUGGCGCUGGCGUACAGAGCCCUGCGCAGUCACCUCUAGUCUUGCGCCGUCGUCGAUGAUUGGCUAACACGCCAUAUAACUGUCGCUUGUUCUGUUGCUGCUACAACCUCUGAUGAUGGACUCCUGUACGAGUCUGAAAGCUCAGGACAAUAAACUGAGUGUUUCGGUACUCGACCGCCCUUCUUCUUCGCUUAUACAUACACCUGGAACUCGAACUUUCGCCUUCAUUCGUAUGUAAUUUUCUUCUGGUUUUCUGUAAUCAAAUCUUCAGCUCUGAAUCCCAAGUCUAACGAUAGAACUCGUCAUUAAAUCUAAACUGUACACUGAAUAUAAAGAAAAGGAGCAAUUCUCCUAGCGCCUCCGCCAUCAUCCCUAUUGGGACUUGAUUCCUUCGAAGUUCUUUACACGACUGUGUUAUUGUCUCCGCUAGAGUAAUGUUGAUGAGGUGAGAUGUUACACCCAGCAUGGUUCUUGCUAUUAACAUUUUAACCUUGAACGUCGUCUACGAGCUGAAGUAUGUAUCGGACACUUCGUCGGCUUGUUUUUAGUAGUUCAGCCAAGCAUAGGGUUUAUUGCUCAUACCUAGUAUUGACUGCACUGGUAAGUUCGAUUUAUGAACUUUCGGAAGUCCAUAUCACCUCACUGCUCUCGCAUCGGUAGGCAUAAGAUACUGGAACUCAUGGUCACCGAGACAAGCGGUGUCUUUUAGCUAUCGAAGACGUCCCCUGAUUGACGUUUCUAUGGCAUCUGUUUGGCCGGGUCUGCUAGAAUGGUCCCAACUUUUGAAACAUGCAUGAGGGUUAGCUAGUGUCAUUCGUCGAGCUUUGUAGUCAGAACAUCCUUUUUUGUCACGGCUCUUCAAGUUUAUCUAAUUGGAUCUUUGUGAGUAAUCUUCCUCACACGACCCUCCACUUUUAGGACUCGGCGUUUGAGCCACUGAUCUCUUACGCCCCCACCGUCUCACUGGACGUGGCGCAUGCGCGCUAACCCGUGACUAGAGACUUGGUUGGCUGUGACAAAAACAGGUUGAUAUUGACCGAACUGUGAAAAACCCAGCGCAUCGGUGGGAUUCGAACCCACGCAGUAAGGGGAAGGCUUUAGUACAGCCAACGCUCCAACCACUUGAGGUACGAGGCCCCGCCGGGCGACGCGAGUUUAAUCACAUUUGGGUCAAGUUAUCCGCCCAACCUACUGCAACGUCUGGAAUCCACCAAUUCUGAUAUAUUUAGUUGACUGUCCAAACAGGAUUUUCUAAGUAAUUCACCUAGAAUCCACCAGAUGACUACCAGGCUCACGUAAUUCAUAUAUGUUUUGGCAGAUUUUGAAUAAUUCAUAUUGACCAAUCUGGGAAAAAACGGCGCCUCGGUGGCUGUACUAAAGCCUUCCCAUUACUACGUGGGUUUGAAUCCCACCGAGGCGCCGAGUUUUUCACAGUUGGAUCAAUUUGAAUUAUUCAAACUACGCCGAAACAUCAAUGAAAAACAGGUUGACAAUCCAAAACUAUUAUCGACAAUGGCAGGGGCGGAAGGACCGGUGUAAUAACGUCGAGUUAAUUUAUUCUCAUCAGACAGCCAUACCCCAGACUCUGGGCCGGGAAAAUCCGAGACCUGGACAUAACUCUCGUGUUAGUUUGAAUAUUCCCUGCCGCACCCGGCAAUCUUCGGAUCCUUGACCUAGCCUAUAGAACAUUAAGCAGAAAGCCCCCAUGGGUCAGGAUUCAAAUCCUAGAUCGUAUGGGUGUGGAGUUGGGAUAUGGCAAACUGACGGUUACAAAGAAGCCGAAAAUCGCUACCCCAGUCCCCCUUAUCUUUUUCGGUAAUACUUACCGCUUCUAUGCGACCACCUAGGGGAUAUCAAGACUUGUGUUAAAAGACAAAGCAUAUGAACCUAUUUCAUCCUACAAUCUGACCGAACCUGCGAACGCGCCUCUCACUUUCAUAUAAUCAACAAUGAUUACGUGACAGCCGCCUGAAUGUGAUACUGCAAAUGAGUCGUUUUGGCAGAAAGACACUCAGCCAAGGGGGAUUGGACAGAACAGUCAUGGUUAUAUUUGCUCUACUCGGCAAUAAUCGCCAACUUAGGCCUGCCACCAGCUACGAUUUUGCACUACAUAUGCGGACGUCACUCUGGUCCUCUUUCCUCACCGGAGUAACCCCUCAAGGUAUAUAUCCGACAGCAAUCAGUGGCAACUUUGAUUAGACUGUAAGUACUGAUGGGGAUGAUGGUAAGUUUUGGUCACCAUGCACGUACUCCAGGUUUUUACGGCACGACUUUUAGAACGUAUAUUUGUCUUUGGCAGCAGUUGCAACAACGAAAGAGGUGGACUGUUAAAGUUGCUUUUUUACUACUAAGUCUUUGUGUGUGAAUUGCUCUGCUGUCUACAGCGGCCUGGACAAUGCCGGCAAGACCACCAUCGUCAAAAAGUUCAACGGCGAGGACAUUGGAACCAUUGCGCCGACUCUCGGUUUCACCAUACAAACGCUUGAAUACAUGGGGUAAAUUCACCUACGAACCGUUCAUGUUGCGUUUGGCUGGAGCGACUUAUCUCGAACCUGCCUCUUCUCCUAGCUACAAGCUUAAUGUGUGGGAUGUCGGUGGACAGCGUUCUCUUCGCUCCUAUUGGCGCAACUACUUUGAAACCACUGAUGCCCUCAUUUGGGUAGUAGACAGUUCAGAUCGCCCUCGACUUGACGACUGUCGCGAGGAACUGGGGAAGCUUCUGCUUGAAGAGCGUCUUGUGGGUGCUACCCUCUUAGUUCUGGCAAACAAACAGGUGCGUUAUCUUGUCUUCUUCCUUGUCCUUUUUUGCACCCACGAUUGAAUACAUCUUGAGGAAAGGCGAGAGCAAGAGCAACAGGUGCAGAUUUCACUAUUGUUUUCAUAAGCCGUCAACUCGAGAACUUCAUUUCCUUUAAGGGCGCGCGGGCGUGGGCAGUGGGCGACGUUAUUGAUCAACCUGAAUAAACGAGGUAAUUUGCUUUAGUUUAGCAACGUAGUGAACUUCCUGCGCCAUGGGUAAUUGGAGAAGGGGAAAUAGCAACUCAGUUUCAAAUAUUGCCGGUGGUUUGUGGGGAAAAACUUGUUUGAUUAAACUGGCUUGUUGAACUUGGCGGCCGUGCCAUUUAUUUCUCCUGUACAAUAAACAUAACGACGGAACUAAUGGACACGAAUAGUUGUAGUGAUAGUAAACGGUCACAAAAAGCCUUCUCGCUGCUCAGAAGAACGCUGAAACGUUAUGAAGAACUUUUAGAGGGCAUCAAGAACCCUAAUAGCAAUCGAGCAGCCCCUACGAUUUACCUGGGUCUCAUCACGGUAUAACCUACAGGGGGAAACGCAUGACGCUCCUAACUGGGUCUUGAACUCAACCCAAUCUCACUUGAAAACAUGAUCAGGGUCUCCAUUUGGAUAUAGUGGACAUACGUCUUCCAGCAAUCAUAAGGGGAGAUGUUCACCGAAUGAUGUGUACUUGCAGUCGAACGUUUUGGGCAAGGAAUUCAACUGCCCCACGUUCAGAGAUUAGAAGGUUUCACGUUACAGCAGGCCAAACCGAAAGGGAGGUCGAACAAAACGGGCAUUGCUCAUUUAUCACCCCAUUUCACUAGAGCAGGGGGGGUUGCGCUUGCUCAAGGUCAAAUGGGUAUCAUUGUGGCGCCGUGACUGAUUGGGGCAUAUUCAUGGGUUCCCUUGCCGGCAUCCCUGAAGGUGGUUUUGUUAUUCGUGGGCAUCUCUUACAUGCGCUACCGGCAUGUUCGAAUCGGGCCGAAUGAGUGAUAAUCGGACGUAUUAAUCGGCAGAUUUAAACAUUCCUUCUACGCGUGCCACGCACAACCCAGUCCCCGCUCCGCAUGUGCCGGGCCACGCCAGUGGGCACGCAUCUCACGUAAACGAGAUCUGCAUCAUCUCACAUGCGGUGUUUCGCACUUCACAGCGGUGCUAGUGAACUGCAUCUCAUGACUGUUACGUGAAUGAUGUGUAAGGUUGUGGUGAUUGCCAGUGUUUAUACGCGUGCGACCGAAUAUGGGUGGCCAUGUGUAGCUCAAAUGGGUUUUGCGUGUGCCGGUAGGGAGAGUUGUUGCUUGAACGCAUUGCAGAUGCUGCCCCACCGUGGGUUUUCGUGAUUGCACAUGUUAACGACUUGAGCCAUACAUUGUCUGAACAUCCUUGGACAGUGCCGACAGGCAAGACGUGACUCACGGAUGUAUGUCGGGGCUACAGGCGCUGUUUCUGAGGUAGAAGUGGGGUGAGUUCACAGGCGAUCGACCAGGCAUUUGCAUGAUGGCGGCAAAGAUUACUGGUGAUGUCCUGGGGGGUAACCUCAGUAAUGAUUCUGGCAGUGGUGGUGUCUUAUGAUGUUGGGGGUGAGUACUCAUGUUUUGUGUUCGGCACAGUAGUUAGUCUAUUCCCUGCCUUGGUCGUAGCCAUCACUAAACCAACUAUUCUGAGCACUGAAAUCUGGUCCGCCGUGUGGCCCAACUCAGGAAAUUUACUGGCAAUAUGUUCGACCUUUUACCAAAACCUGUAUUAAUUUAGUGGUCUGACUUGUUCAUAUUUGUGCUUAUGUCUGUUUGCUCAUCCGACCUACUUUGCGGACAUCUGUAUUUUGUUUUUGAGUCGUUUUUGCUUCCUUUUACCCCUUAUUGUUUUUUGGGCUUCGUCUUCCCGAGGAGAGACCGCACCUCCAACGGCGAGCUCAAUCAUGGGUGCCCUUUGGGGCUCUUCAUUGUUUACAGUCUGUCCCGCUUGAGAUGGCCCAGUGGUUAGAGGCGUUGGACUUCUAACUAACAGGUAGCGAGUUCGGGCCCCAGGUGUUCCACACUUCGGGGUUGGGCAUGACUGGCUGAUGACGGCCAAUAAGCCAGAAAUGGCCAUUCCAGUCCCCCUUGUCUUUGUCGGUAAUAACAUUCUGCUUAUAUCAUGCGCCGCCAUGCUGCUGCUGUUUAGGCUCGCGAGAGCCCGUAAGGCACAAUAGAAAGAGUGAGUUCCGUAAGAACGAUCAUUGAGCGUCCCAAAGCCCUCCUUAUUUUGUAAUCGUCCCUUAUUCUGCCUUGUCGGCAUAGUACCGCGAGUUUUCGUCUGUCUUUUGUUAUAGGAUCUGGCCGGCUCCCUGACUCCAGCUCAAAUAUCUGAGGCCUUGAAUCUGCGGGACAUCACGACGCACCACUGGAGCAUAUACGGAUGCAGCGCCGUUACCGGAGAGAAUCUGUUACAGAGUGUCUCCUGGCUAAUUAAGGACGUCUCUUCGAGAAUUUUCUCGGCAGAAUAG